UGCAGCUCUAGUGCUUGAACCAGUGGCAGCAACAAUAGUAGAAUCUGGUGAUUUCCUUGUGCUAACGUUAUUUCUAGUGCAGUGUUAACCGUGCCGACAAGUUUUAAUCAUGAUUGCCCAAAGAUCAACACGGCAGCAUCUAGUGGUGAAGUUGUUGCUGCUGGCUGUAGUCUCUGCCGUUCUACUUCCGGUUCCUAGCGCGUCGCAGGUGACGUUCUCACGUGAUUGGAAUGCCGGGAAAAGGGCGGCUUCCGAUGUUCCAGGUGGGAAUGGCGAGUGUGCUGCCAUCUGGCAUGCUGUAACGAAAAACAUCCAACACCUAACGCUUUGCGAAACUCGUUCACUGCUGAAGUCCAUGCAGACGGAUGAUUCCUCGAUCGAGACCAACAACGUCAACACCUUACCGAUAUUCGCCAAUAGUCACAUCUAACUUGGAACACGCGAGACGGAUCCCGGGAAUCGACUUAUCAUCGACCGCAACACCUUGGCUGACGAAUUGAAACACCGGAAUGUGUAGUGUAAACUGUGUCGUCGUUUUAGGUCUAUUGUUUCCUCUUUCCCUGCGCGAUAUCUAAGAUAGUAUGGUUUGUUUUUCAUCGAUCUGUGUAACCUGCUGAAUGCGAAGAAACGCCCUGAAAUCAUCCCCUUUUCCCGUCCCCUCCCUGUAUGUGUCCUGUAUGUAGUUCAUACUGGGAGAUGUGUAAAAACCAAACCAACAUCCGGCACAACAAAAGAUUACUCUGAUGGUACGAAGCGAAACGAGAGAACUAAUAAAAGUGCAACAGAAGAACGGUAGAACAACAAUAAUAAAAAAGGUUUAAACCCGUGUG